UCUUGACAGCUGCAGUGUUGCCUCUGUUGAUUGAUUGAUGCUUUGCUUUUGUUUUUCCUCGCUCGUUUGUUCAACUUUCGCAUUUUUUGUCGCUUUCAUCAAACGCAGUGAAUAAUAAUAAAAACACCAUUGCGUGAUUGCGCUCUUCUUUCAUAGACUUUCACCUAAUGUUGGCAGCUUUGCUUUGCCAACACAAGUGCAGCAAAUGUCAAGGUCACGGUCAAAAGUUUGUUUAUUUUCAUAGUACAGUUGAAAGGUUGAGAUUAGUGAUUUCAAAUAUGUUCUGUACCGUCGAAUAUUACUUCGAAUGGAGGGUUACGGGACUCUGCCGUGGCCGAAUGGUGUGUGCUUACGCAGUCCAAAAUAAGUAAUAACCGACGUAUCAUGUUGGUGUUUUCUCAGAAAAGAAGUUAAGGAUAUGGAAGUGUACUUGUUGCAAAGGUCCAGCUUCGUAAAAAACUUAGCUCCGUGCAAUUUGGUCUUCAUUUCUUCGAGUGUCGGUAGCCGGAAGUAUUCGCGAUUGAUAGCCCUGUUCGGUGCUCGCAUGUUUACAACCAAACGAAAAUCAUCCUUUCCUUUAGCAACGGCAGACAUGCCGCUGAUCCAUUGGGGUGCAGUCGUAACUCUUUCGAUGAUACCUUUAGUCUCCAUCUCAGCCAGACGACGUCUAGCUCCUUCUCUGUAGGUUGCUGGGAUGUUGUAGCAUUUUAGGCAAUAGUUCUUGCUGGACCUCCUCACAGUUUCUUACAUGAGAGGCCACGAAUAAAAGUUGUAAGUCACUUGCUGUGGACCUGCUCAACAAUGAACGUUUGCCGUCGACGAUUACCAGAAAGUCAGCUAUUACCGAGUGCGUAGACCCAGCAGCAAGUAUACCCGCUCUAAAGGAAUGGUCAAUUUUUAUUGGGAUGCUGUCGGUUCCGCCGAUGACAUUGACAUCCGCCCCCGAGUCGAUUAGGAAUUUGAUUGCACUCGACGAGCCUAAAUGGCAGUCAACCAAUACAUCCUCAAUAGAUAGCGUAUUCAACUAACGGAAGGAGAAAAAAAGGGAUGAAAAGAACACAAUACUUUAUUCGUUUUUAACGUCGUUUGAAAUUUCUUGAUCUUGAACGAUAUUAACACGUCUUUGCCUACAAGCUGCAGCAAAAUGACCGCGCAUACCACAUGAAUUACAUUUCUGGUUAGUUGCAGGGCACAUUCUGUUCCAAUGGGUUGCUCUGUUGCAUCGAGAGCAGCGCUCACGGCGGCUUCUGAGCGGUUUAUGUUGGAAACGUAGAGGUUUUUGCCCACCGAAGUCAACUGCGGAUCUCUAACAAGGACAAAAGAGCUGUUCGGCCUAACGUGGUAUUUUCUGCGAAGGUACCGAAUCAAAACCAAAUUUGAUGCAGGGAUGGAAGCCGAGGAGGACUUUCACGGUUUUCCUGCGAACGAGACACGGCGAGGCAAUAAGCGGAAAAAAUGGAAGAAGGCGAUUCUUCUGAAUUGGAACUGCGAAAAUCUAAAAGAAGCAGAUCGAACAAAUUGAGUGAUGAUUUUAUUUAUUAUAAAUAAUACAUUCGUUCUCAAACAAGUUUAUUGUAAAAAUUAAAUUCGAUUGAUUACUGUCAGUCAUCAGAAUCUAAUAAUUAAUAAGUAUAAGUUGAAAAAUAAUAACUAUGAAAGUUAUUGAUUAUUGUCAGUAAUAUAAAUUUGAAAAUCUUAUCGAAGGGGGAAGAGUUGUUGCAUCCAACACUUCUCGUUCAGUGUAUCAUAUGUCAAAAUGCGUAACGGUGGUAACAGGCAUACCACCAUAAAAGGUUGAAAUAAACCAAGAGCAGGUCUCUUAUAUCUGGUUACCAUCAAAACUGACGUUUCAUAGCUGCUCGACAUCUGCUGCUCCUGGCUGAUACGUCUUAUCACGAUUUAAUUAUAUUCGCUCGUUAAUAGUCUCGGUUCGGUUUCGGCACAGUUUUACAUCUUUAAAUUAAUAUAUAAGGUUAUAUUUAUAAAAGGGUGGUAUUUGGUCAUUUUCAGCUGAUUUCAGAAACCGGAAGUCGCCAUCUUAGAAUUCAAAAUGGUAUCUGUGGUCGAUUUUAGCUCCUGUGUAUCAUUCUAGAUCCGGAUAUUAUUAUAUUGGGUGGAAACCGGCCAUUUUUGGCUGUUUUCCAGAAGCCGGAUGUUUCCAUCUUACAAUCCAAAAAGUUGCCUGAGGUCGAUUAUGGAACAUAUUUGCUACAACUGAAAACAUUCACCUACCAAAUAUGGCUCCAUUUAGUUGAUCAGUUCGCGAGAUGUACAGAAAUUUGUGCAGAAACAUGUGCUGACCCACGCAAGUAAGUUCCGUUACUCACUGAAAGCCUAAGCGUUACAGCACACUCGCUACCAUGCCAUGCCGAGUGUACCGCAACGUUUGGUGCCUGAUUCAUACAGCACGCAAAAUGCAGCGUUGCAAUUUUAAUGCUCGUCUCUCCAGCUGUUUUCCAGUUGGGGCCCAAGCUGGCCACACAUGUAAACAUAGAAUUAAAUAUUUUGGCAAUUGCAUUUGCCUAUAAAAGCGAAUGAUUUUCAAUAAAGCGAUAGAAUUAAUCAAUGAGCAUUCCGCAGCGACUGGUCUACUCCAGUUCGUCUCACCGGAAUAGCUUUAAGCAUAAGAGGUGUUAUCAUUGCGAACGGUUUUGACUUUCGUCAACUCCGUCACCGCCUUUGAAAGAAAACCCUCAUUCCGCCGGAUAAGUAUACGAUUCAAAUGUUAAAGAGUUUACCAAAUGGCGACCGUAAGAAACAACUUGCAAUCAUCGGAUUGCAGAAGUUCGCGAUAGUGAAGACAGUGAACGCGAUCUUUCCCCGAUCAAGAGAAGACAAAUUAGAGUGGUAUUAGUUACUAAAGCUUUCAACAGUAAACUGAAAUGUGCUGAUGAACUAAAAUGAAAAAAAAAACCAAGUGUAGUGCAGCAGAACGCGGAAACGAAUUCAACAUUAGUGAAUGUCGUUAUAUAGAACCAAACUUGAUUGACUAAAUUAAACAGUAAAAAACCGCCUAAGUGAGCUAAGUGCAGACGGCGUUAGAACAGUUUCACUAUGUACAGUGCUCAAGAACACGUGAAAAUUGUGCAAACAAACAAACAAAAAAUAAUAAUACUCGCAUGAAAGCAUUGUAACAGCGCCACGAAAAUGGGUAAAUCACAAAGUAAAACGGAAAAAAUUACUGGUGAUCCCCAAGUGCUAAUAUUAAACAACCAGGAACAGCACACCGCCUAUCAUGAAGAAACCAACCUGUUGUUAUGGGUAGUACUAAUAAUGGUUGCUAUGCAGUUAAUAAUCAUACUGUAUAAAGCAUUCAAAAAACGCGAACGUAAAAACGCUUUGAAAGCAGCUAGAUCUGUCGCUGUGCUUAACGAGGUGAUCGCGAAAUAAUGAACUAAAAAUGUGCGCGAAAAGUACGCGCAUAGAGAACAAAGUAUAAACUAUUUUCAAAGUUGCUCCUUACCAAAAGAAGAAAAAUGCGAGUUCCCAAAAACUAUCCAAGUAAAGUGCAGUGCUUAAGAACAUUAAAGGGCAUCUAUCUCGCCCACUGAAGAGAUAAAAAGUGUAAAAAAAAACUAACAUCAGCAACAAUGCGACAGCAUUUGCAACAGAACAAUCGACAGCACCAGCAGCCUCUACAAGUCGAUCAAAAGCUAUCUCCACAACAGCAACCACAACAUCAUCAACGAGCAAGCCAAUCAACACAGCAACAGUGGGGAAUUCGACAAGUGCUCGACAUAAACCGCAUACAGGAACUUGCCAGACGGCUAAAAAGCGCCAAAAGAAACCCAGCAAGAAGAAUACGGUACCAUCAACGGCAGACAGCAACAGCAGAAGCAACGUCAUCAACAAGCAGCAGACAGCAAUAGCAGAAACAGCGUCAUCAAACAGCAGCAGCAGUAACAUCAUCAUCUACAGUAGCAACCAAAUAAAUAACAAUGACCGAGAAACAAUACAUUAUAAUGUCGUGAGUAAAAAUUUUUUUUAAGCAUCAAACACAAACAUGUUCGACCAAUUUCCUGGAAGAACUAAGAACUAUUGAACACAAUAUCGAAAAAGAAUACUCUAACCUUAAGAAAAACAAACACAGAAGCAGAACGCUUGAAAAUAUUCUGCUCAAGAAACAGCAAUUAGAGGAAAAUUUCUCUCGGUACAAAAAAAUUUUAAAAACUUUUCAAUUUAGACUCAGUCCGUCUGAAUGGAAUAUAGAGGUAGAAUCAUAUAGGGCGAUAAAAAUAAUUUUUUCAGGGUGCAUCAGAAUUUUAAAUAACACAAUAGUCAACACUAAUAGAGGAUACGACAGCGAACCAGAAUUACAAACCAAGUCUAACGAUUUCCUUUAACCCAUUAUUGACGCUAACUUGUCGAGAUCAAACAGUGACAUUAAGUUAGCCAAAAGAAAAUUCAGUCUUAAAAUAUUAAGUAAAAUCAUCAUUUGGAGUUUAAAAAUCCAUAACAAAGGGAACAUGGCGCUGGAUAUAAAAACUGCUUCUGAAUUAGCAACGCUAAUUCCCGCCUAUGACGGAAACACCAACGGUGUAAAAUCUUUCAUUGACGCAAUUAACCUAGCCAAAACAAUCGUACCAGGAGCCAAUAAGAUCGCUGCGAUACAGAUCAUUCUGACAAAACUGAGUGGGAAAGCUAGAAACCUUUUUUCCAACACCCCAGCCAGUUACGACGAGAUAAUCACCAAAUUACAAAAUAAUUGCAGCGAUAAAAGUUCAUCGGAUUCAGCGAAAAGCACUCUGAACAACCUAAAAUUAAAAUCACCAGAUGAUAUCCAGAACUUUACGAAACAAGUAAACCUACUUGCGGAAAAAUUAACAGACACAUAUAUUAGGGAGCAAAUCCCCAGCGAAGUAGCAAGGAAAUGGUCCAAAAAAGCUGCUAUUGAAACAAUGGUAGCCAACUCGUCUAAUACUGAAACAAAAAUAAUGUUAAAAGUGGGAAAAUUUACAAAUCUCCAAGAAGCCAUUAAUACUAUGGUGGAAAAUGAGAAACCAACAAUUAAACAAUCAAACGCAGUGGUACUAAACACCAUACGUGACAACAAUAGAUACCAAAAUUACCCCACAAACAGAACACCACAAAGGAAUAGUAAUCAAAGAAACCAAUUUAAUAACAAUCUAAGAAACAAUAGAUAUCAACCACGAUAUCCAACUAACAACUAUAGAAACCAUAAUAACCACUACAAUCAACACCCGACAUACAACAACAACAGAAAUUCUAACAGAAAUUUUACACCUACCAACCAAUAUCGAAAUUCCAAUCAAAAUUUCAAUAGGAAUUCCAACCAGAAUUACAACUCAGCAAGAAUGUACCUUGCAAACCAGCAGGACAUUCCUCCACAUUACCAAAUACCCAAUAAUUCACCACACUAUCAGUAAAAUCCAGAUUAUACUCAGGAAAUUAACCAACAAGUAACCAACAAUAUGCAAACUCAAAAUCAUUUUUUAGUCCACCAGUAACAACUGAUCAGAGACGUCGACAUUUUGGACAAUUGUUACCGGCAGGCUUACCCAUCCUAAACAUCAAUUUAAAUGCUUCAAAUUUCAUUCAGGUCAAAGUGCACAUGACUGGGAAUGAAAUCUGAAAUUUAAUAAUCGAUACAGGUGCGGAUAUUUCAUUGUUUAAAGCACACAAUAUUCGCCCUGAUCAACGUGUAUAUACAAAUUACAAAAUUUUCUUAAACGGAAUAACCGAUGGUAGUAUAGAAACUUAUCCCUAAACAAACACAACAAUCUACUUUAACAAUGCUAUGAAUAUAAAUCAUAAUUUUCAUUUAGUAACCCCUAAUAUACCAAUCAAAGCUGAUGGUAUUUUAGGUCGAGAUUUCUUGAUAAAAUAUAAAUGCGUGAUAGAUUACGAAUAUUGGUUACUUAACUUUAAUAUAGAAAAUGUGCAAAUAUCUAUUCCUAUAGAAGACAAGCUUAACGAAGGCUUUAUGCUACCAAGCCGGAGCGAAGUCGUCAGAAGAAUACCAUAUUUAAACAUAUCAGAAGAUAUGGUAAUUCACUCUGAAGAAAUAAGCCCAGGAGUUUUCUGCGGAAAUACUAUCAUUUCAGCAACAAAACCCUAUGUAAAAUUUGUAAAUACAAACAACGAACCAUUUUACAUAGCCUACUCUCAGCUUAAACCUACGCUAAGUCGUUUAACUGAUUAUUUUAUACUUAAUGUUAAUAGAAAUAAACAUGCAGAUAGGCAUGAGCGAAUUUUAAAUAAUAUUAAUAUGGAAAAAAUUCCACAAUAUGCUAAGGAAAAAUUUGAAAAUUUAAUUAAUCAAUACGAAGAUAUUUUUUGCUUACCAGAAGAAGAAUUACACAGAACAACUUUUACUCACAGAAUAUUACUCUUAAUGACAAUAUUCCUGUAUAUAUUCCUAAUUAUAAAACAAUCCAUGCACAGCAUGACGAGAUAAAUAAACAAGUUAUUGAUAUGUUGAACUAUAAUAUAAUCGAACCCUCCAUAUCACCGUACAAUUCUCCGAUUUUACUAGUUCCGAAAAAAACUAAUGGCAAAGACAAGAAAUGGCGUCUAGUUGUCGAUUUUCGACAGCUGAAUAAAAAGAUUUUAGCGGAUAAAUUCCCACUACCGAGAAUUGACGAUAUACUGGAUCAACUCGGUAGAGCAAAAUUUUUUACAACAUUAGAUCUCAUGUCAGGGUUCCAUCAAAUACCCCUUGACAAUGAAUCUAGGAAAUUCACAGCAUUUUCCACAAAGAAUGGUCAUUACCAAUUUACCAGAUUACCAUUCGGAUUAAAUAUAAGCCCAAAUAGUUUUCAACGCAUGAUGACUAUUGCGAUGGCAGGCUUAACGCCGGAACUAGCUUUCAUUUACAUUGACGACAUCGUAGUUAUCGGAUGUUCAGUCAAUCAUCACCUUGCAAACUUACAACAAGUUUUUGAACGACUGAGAUUUUAUAAUUUAAAACUCAAUGCACAAAAGUGCACAUUCUUCAGUACACAGGUAACUUAUCUUGGACACAAAAUAACAGAUCAUGGUAUGCUACCUGAUGAUUCAAAAUUUAGCGCGAUAGUAAAAUAUGCAACUACUACAGAAAAUUCGUCCCGAAUUUUGCUAUAAUAGCACAUCCGCUCAACCAACUUCUAAAAAAGAAUGCAACUUUUGUUUGGACAGAGGGCUGUCAACAAGCAUUUAACACUUUGAAAAAUGCCAUUAUUUCACCCAUGUUAUUAAAAUACCCCGAUUUUACGAAAGAAUUUAUUUUGGUCACAGACGCUUCAGACAUAGGCUGUGGCGCCGUUCUCUCACAACAUACCGAACAUGGAAAUUUACCAAUUGCAUUCGCAAGUAAAACAUUUACACCCGGAGAAAAAAAUAAACCGGUAAUUUUGUAAGAAUUAACGGCUAUAUAUUGGGCCAUUAAUUACUUUAAGCCAUAUUUAUACGGAAGGAAAUUUACAGUUCGAACAGAUCACAGACCUUUAGUCAAUCUGUUCGGAAUGAAAAAUCCAUCUUCCAAAUUAACUAGAAUAAGGCUUGAUUUGGAGGAAUACGAUUUUACGGUAGAAUAUAUACCAGGAAAGGAAAACGUCGGACCAGACUCUUUGUCGAGAAUAGUAAUAUCUUCAGAUGAGCUAAAACAAACAAAUAUUUUCAAGGUGAAUACAAGAUCCAUGACCCGAAAGAUUGACGAAAAUAAUACGGAACAAACUUAUGUACCAAGAGAGACUGCUCACCUCUCAACAUACAUAACUAACAAUCCGUCGGAAACAAACAAAUUAUUUAAAUUAGAAACGAAAAUAAUCAAGAUUAGAUAAUAUUUACAUUGAAACGAAAUAACAAAAUAGUAGCACAAGUGCUCCAAAAUAUGAAUGGAAGUCAGACACUCGGCUCUGCUCUUCUAGAGUUAGAACAAAUUGCAAAAGGGUACAACCAGAAUAAAAUAGCGCUGCCGACGAACGACGAAAUAUUCAAAAAUAUAUCAAUUGAAAACUUUAAAAUUAUUGCGAACACACAAGUGUGCUCGAUUCAAAUUAUUUUAUAUAAACCACCAACAAAGGUGACAAAACAAGAAACGAAACGGAAAAUUUUACACGAUUUUCAUAAUACACCUACAGGAGGACACAUCGGUCAGCACCGACUGUACCUCAAAAUAAGAGAAAUAUACACAUGGAAUAAUAUGAAACGUUCGAUUGCAGAAUUCGUAAAGGCCUGCGAAUUAUGCAAACGAAACAAAGUCAUAAAACACACUAAGGAAAAAGAAAUAAUAACAACCACACCUUCACACUUAUUCGAAAUUAUUUCAAUAGACACCAUUGGACCACUACCAAAAAGCAAUAAUAACAAUAGAUAUGCCGUUAGCAUCCAAUGCGACUUAACUAAAUAUGUCGUACUAAUCCCUGUACCUACAAAAGAAGCUAACGGAAUAGCCAAAGCCUUAGUUGACGAUUUCUUACUUACGUUCGGAACAUUUUCGAUCUUACGAUCAGAUCAAGGAACAGAAUACAACAAUGAAAUUUUGGAACAAAUAUGCAAAAUGUUAAAAGUCAGACAAAAAUUUAGCACAACUUAUCAUCUACAGACAAGUGGUUCAUUGGAAAGAAAUCACAGAUGUUUGAACGAAUAUCUGAGAUCCUUUGUCAACGAACAUCAAUCUGGCUGGGAUGAAUGGUUGAAAUUUUAAUCAUUUAAUUACAAUUCGACACCACACUCAGACCACCGAUACUCACCACACGAACUCGUUUUUGGAAAUAAAAUAAAGUUACCUCAGGAUAUAUUCAAACAAGGGAUAGACCCCGCAUACAACUUCGAUCAAUACAGUAAGGAAUUGAAAUUUAAGCUGCAAAAAGCAAAUGAAAUAGCAAGAACCAAAUUAAUCGAGCAUAAAAUACAAAGAACAGAAAAUUCCAAUGCACAUUAUAACCCAAUCCAUGUAAAAAUCAAUGACACAGUUUAUUUAAAAAUAGAAAACAGAAGAAAACUUGAGCCAUUUCACGAAGGUCCAUAUAUAGUAAAAAAAAAUUUGGAACCCAAUUGCAGAAUUCAACAUACAGGAACAAAAACCUCAGUAAUUGUACACAAAAACAGGCUAAUCAAAACAUGAACAAAAUCUUUCGAUUCAAGUAUGACAAACACAAUCAAAUUAUUAUUAGAAAAAUUCAAUAGAACCAAAAAACGUACAUAUUAAGAAGAAUUUAUAUGUUAUUUCAUGAACGACAAAACAAAAUUAUACACACUUAUAAAACUUAUCAAAAUUUGUGAAAAACAACUGGAGACAGACGUCUAAACUUUUUUUAGAGCAAUUUCAUUUUUCAUAAAAUUGCUCUCGUAAAGAGGGAUGGUGUCGUAUACCAACUCUUUUGUACGGCACCGUAAACCAUGAACAAACAAAUUUCGAUUCAAACCACUGACCCACGCAAGUAAGUUCCGUUACUCACUGAAAGCCUAAGCGUUACAGCACACUCGCUACCAUGCCAUGCCGAGUGUACCGCAACGUUUGGUGCCUGAUUCAUACAGCACGCAAAAUGCAGCGUUGCAAUUUUAAUGCUCGUCUCUCCAGCUGUUUUCCAGUAGGGGCCCAAGCUGGUCACACAUGUAAACAUAGAAUUGAAUAUUUUGGCAAUUGCAUUUGCCUAUAAAAGCGAAUGAUUUUCAAUAAAGCGAUAGAAUUAAUCA